CGUGCGCGCUACACUACUAUAAGUUUGGACAUAUGAGCGAAAACUUAUUCAGUGUUAUUGCUUUUCAUUUUCAUUUUUUUUCCCGUUUGAAGACAUUACAUUUAACUAUAAAAGAUAAAACCUGGAACACAUUUUGGAGAAUUUGGUACCACAAGGGACAAACCGGAUUACUCUGGCUUGUCCCUAAUGAGGUCCCGUAACGCUUCCCUCCCUGUAACCAGGGCAGCGGCGCCGUUGGUCUCUAACAACCGUCAGAGACGAGUCUUAACAGCAACGAGCUUUGUAAGUAAGAACUCAGAUAGCAGAAAAUAGAAAAUCAUGGAUAAUUCACACCAGGCCAACGUCUUGGUCACCUCCUGUCUGAAAACACCCGUCAACCCAUAUACAAAAAUUCCAGCUGCCCAGUAUGAGAGGGAAAAAGCGACCAGGUCGUGUCAGCAAACCGAGACAAAUUCACAGGACAAGCGGAGGUAUAACAGAUACUACGAGAAGGAGAAUGAAUCUGAAUGCGAUUCUGACACUGAGGAAAUGGAGAGUUCCUUUUUGUUAAACGACUACAGAGUGCUUGGGAAUCAGCUAGACUUCAAAGAGUUUGUCUUCUCCAAUAAGGAGUAUUACAGGAAGCUGGAGGAGCUGAAGAAUGCUCAUCUGGACACCAUGGCCCAGCUUGAAAGGAUGUAUCAAAAUAAGAUGAAACUAAAAGGUGUAGUGCCUCCUGAUAAUGAAUAUGACAAGACAGAAUUACACUGCAGAUCCCAAUGGAUGAAGACUCCAAACACGCCAACAGCCUUUUCAGCAAGCGAGCUGAACUAUAAUGUUUGCUCAAGCUUGUCAGAUGCGUCAAAUGAAUUUCAGGCAGAUAAUGAGACAGAGACUAAGGAAAAAGGAAUUAUUUUGUCUCCAAGGGAACACAUACAAAGUAUGUGGGAUGGGUUUUCCAUAGUGGACUAUGACUGUAGUGAGAAAUGUCAGUUGCUUUUUUCUCCAAAAAUCCAGAAGAGUAAAAGAAAACCAAAAGACUGGAGCCCAAAGAUCACAGUUCCUGAGCCCUUCCAUAUGACUGUUCGAGAAGCAGAGAAAAAAAAGAAAAACUUCAAGUCCAGAUCAGAGAUAGAAAUGGAGAACUGCCUGCUGAAGAAGCAGCUGGAGGAGCUGGUGGAAUCUCAGAAGAAGUUCAGAGCCAACCCAGUGCCUGCCCACGUAUAUCUCCCACUUUACGAGGAAAUUAUGGAAAGGAAUGACGAAAGGAGGCAGUUUGUGAAAGAGAGGACCAAGGAGCUUGCAUUGGCUUCUCAGAAACCUUUCAGCUUCAUCGAGAGAGAGGAAAAAAGGAAAGAAAGAAAAAAAACUCAGGUCAAGGAUCUCACUCCAAAAAGGAAAAAGACCACCUUUAAAGCAAAGCCUGUGCCUAAAUACAUUAAUGACCCGACAAUCAACGAUCGACUCAAGGAAGAGGAACUUUAUCGCAAGAUUAAGAUGCAGAUGAGGUCACAAGAACUACUGUACAGUUCUUCCUUGCCUAGAAGCAUGCUGACCUGCACUGCCUCUGGGAAAAGGAAAGAAAAUACAACAGACAAAGAUAAAGAGACAGAUUUUCGACCAAGGAUCAACACUGAAGUUCCCGACUUUGGGGCAAAGUACAGAAGGUUCCACAAGCAACUAUUGAAAAAGAGGGACACCAAACCGAUGACGGUUUGUGAACCCUUCGUCCUCCGAACUUUACAGAUCCCAUCUCACAGAGACAAGAUCCUGGCAGAUAUACAAGCAGAUGAAAGCAGGGUAAUGGAGAGUCGCUGGCCUUAUAUCUCACCCGACAGCCAGUCAAAACCUAGAUGUUUGAGUGCCAUUUCUUCUCUAUCUGGAAGUCAGGAAUUGUGUCCUGCUAAAAUCACUGAAUCGGUUAAAAGGCGACAAGAAGCUGUAAGGAAGUCACUUGAGCAAAAGAAAAGGAUAGAGGAAGAAGAAAAAAAGAAGAGGGAACAACAGAAACAGAGAGAGAAAAAGCUCCAGAGAAUUGUCGCAAAGCGCGCCCAGGCCAAUGAUCCCCAUCAGACUCUGGCCCAAAUAUCUAAGUCUAAACUAAGACAGUUCAGGAAACUAGAGAAACAGAGGAAGAAGGAAUACCUGGAGGAGAUGAGGGAGAUGCAGGAGAGAGUGAGCGAAAGGCCAUUACUGUUGGAACAAGUAACUCAGAGAAAUGCCAAAAAGGCAGCAGAGAAACGUUUUGCUGACACACUAAAAGAAAAUGGAUUAAGUGAAGAUUUUGUUAACAGCAAAGUUCCAAUGGCUCAGAAGCUUUUUGAUGAAUCUGUCAAUGGAGUGUACUUAACAAAUGAGGAUCAAGAAAGUCUAAAAAUGGAUCCAGUUGAGCGAGCAGAAUCUCCUGCAGACCAAGAGGAAUAUCAAGAUGAUUAUGAAGAUGUAGAUGAAAGUGAAAGUGAAAGUGUUGAAAAAUAUGACAGGGAACGAGAAGAAGUUGAAGAUGCCAGUGCAGAAGAUCAAUACAGUGAAGAUAAGGAAAGCGAUAGUGAAGAUCAGGAAUCCCUUUGUGACCCAUAAUUUAAGCUGACAUGUGUUGGUGAAAUUGUUUACUAUUUAUACAGAAGUUAUAAAUGCAAAAUCACAACAUUUUUACAACAGAGAAAAAAAUCAUGAAAUUAUUUUUAAAUCUGUGACCCAGUUCUGCACAGACAGCUCCUUUCAUCUAAUAAGCAAAUGAUUUGUUUUUGUUUGUGUUUUAUCAUGAGUUCUGAUAUUGUUCAAAAAGUAAUUGAUCAUUGUAGCAUAUUAUGUAUUUUAUUUUGGAUAUCCAUCUUAAGAAGAGUAUCUUAAGAAGAUAUUUAUAAGUGAGAAAAACUGUAAAAUCCAAAACAUCCAACAAAAAUGGCCUUAUUUCAAUCAGAUUGGUGUGUGUAUGAAAUAUGUAAGGUGAGGCGAUGGCUUCAAGACACCUUGUGCCCACAGUGAAGUAUGGUGGUGGGAGUGCAAUGGCCUUGUCGGCAAAAGGCCCAUGUGACAUUGUAUUUCUGGAUGGUGUUACUGGUAACAAGAAGAGAGACUUGGAAGUAUAUCAGAACAUUUUACACAGCAGCAUUUCAAGGACUGUCAUUAGCAGAUGGAUCAUGUUUCAACAAAUGAUGAACCACUAAAUCCACUAAACUGUAUUUCUAAAUCCACUAAAGCCUUUCUAGAAGAGAAGAAGUGGAAAGACAAACUUAAAAAGAGGGCAAGCAAUGCCCAGGAGGUGGAAGACAUUCACACAAAACAUGGUCUAGAUGAUUAGAAAAAAGUGAUUAGAAAUGAAUGUUACACGACAAAAUCUAAAUACAUUUGGAUGAUAUAUUACAUAGACAGGGUGUAGACUUUUGUUGAUUAAAAAUACCAGGGAAACUGAGAUAUUAGCUACAUAAUUAUUAAUUGUUUGUGUAUUGAUUCAUAAAUACUACAGCUACAUCUUUUGUUUACAAAGCAGUCGCUGUUACAACUUAGAAUAUUCAUUUUUUAGAUAACUAGAUGUGGGAAUCACUGUAUUUUAUGAUUAUUGUUGAGAUUGUAAGUAUUUAAAUGACUAGUUGUUUUAUAAAACUAAUUUAUGUAGAAGCCCUUCACAUGUAAAUAGAGUGUGUGUGUAGUUUUGGGUGUUGGGUUUAAAUAAAGUUAAUUCAUUUUGGGGUUAAAGCCAUCCCUGCCAACAAUCACAUGUGUAAUGUGGCCAUUCCCUAAUUAACUAAUUGAGUGCUAAUUGGGGAAUGGCCACGUGUAUAUAAAGGAAGCAAACUGCUUGGUGUGGUGUGGUGAAUGCCGUGAAUGCCCAGCCUACAAGUAUUUCAAUUUUUGGUUGAACCUUUUAUUUUGGCCCUGGUGGAGUUUCUUUGUUUGAAUUGUGUUUUGUUAUUAAAGUGCGCUUUGUUUUUAUAACUGCAGCUUUCUGCCUCUCACUCUCUUUCCUGCUAGUUAACAACCUUGGCCAUGACACUACCCUGCCACAAUCUGGUUAUUAAGGCUAUGUUAAUCAUUGAGAAAAAAAAUAUAUAUCUUAUUAGUUAUACAGUACCAUGUUAUGCCUUUUAAAAUCAAAUUGUGUGUGAAAGGUUUGCAUUUGUACUUUAUUAAAGAUAAUGUUUUGCAGCA